AACAGGUGCAUGUGUGAUUGAGAAUUAGCAGGUCGAGAGAUUAGUGUUAUACCUGCUGAAAAAUAUCAUCUGUGGAUUAUUAUUAUUAUUAUUAUUAUUAUUAUUAUUAUUAUUAUUAUUAUUAUUAUUAUUUUCGUACGUGGGUGUUCUUAUCAGGAGAGCUGAUGGCGGUGUCGUACGAGUUCAGCCGCAUUCUUACUAACGUGAUGAGCACGGUGUACCAGACUGAGGACACACAGAGCAGCCCUGGAAGCAUGACUCUCACAGACAGCAGGGAGCUCCUGCAGCCGCUGUCCCUGGAAUCACAGGACCCCAACAGCUGGUGCAGCAUCAAGCCGCAGUUCUGGAAUAGGAACCACGUACUGCAGUGGAUCGGCCACCACGUGGAGAAGUACGACUACGAUGCCAGCACCCUGGACAUGUCCUACUGCACCAUGGACGGGGCCACGCUGUGCCAGCUCUCCUGUGAAUCCCUGCGCACCAUGUUUGGGCCCCUGGGGGACCAGCUGUACCGUAGCCUCUGUGAGCUCAACUGCAAGAGCUUGGCGUACGACGACCUCGACACCGCCUUCGAGGACGUCAGCUAUAUCAUCCGAGGGGACGAGGGGGACCUGAGUCUGCUGGACACCGUCAGGUUCGGCACAGCCUGGGAUAGUGACUUCAAUAUCAUCAUGGAUCCUUCCUGGAGUGAUACUGGCUAUGAGUCCGGCCCCACCUCUCCAGACAGCCUCAACAGCUCCAGCGCAGGGUCCCAGAGAUUCCAGACCCCUUGCUCUCCUGACUCCGGUGGAAGUGACUCGGACCUCGAUUCAUCCAAAUCAAAAUUCACACCCACGACAGAUCUGUAUAUGAAGGCUGAAGGCUGUGACCUGAAGCCCUGUAAGAGAGGGAGGGGGCGGCCCCGGAAGCUGAGCCGCAGCGUGGUGGACUGCAUCGAGAUCAAGAAGAGCAAACACGCUCCUCGCGGGACCCACCUGUGGGAGUUCAUCCGAGACAUCCUGAUCAGCCCGGAAAAGAACAACGGGCUGAUGAAGUGGGAGGACCGCACGGAGGGGGUCUUCAAGUUCCUCAAGUCCGAGGCAGUGGCACAGCUCUGGGGGCAGAAGAAGAGGAACAGCAGCAUGACAUACGAGAAGCUGAGCCGUGCCAUGAGGUACUAUUACAAGAGAGAGAUUCUGGAGCGAGUGGACGGUCGGAGGCUGGUCUAUAAGUUUGGGAAGAACUCCAGUGGCUGGAAGCUGGGGGAAGUGAAUAGUGGAAAGUGAGAGGGCCGAGUGGCGGCACUGUGAGUUUGGAAGGUGCUUGCGAGGCUCCUGGACAGAGCUGGGUUAAUGUCCGGAGACCUGCAUGAGAUGAAGACGGUGUGUUGGAAGGACUCUGGACGACUGAGCUGCAUUUCUGUUCUUUUGUUUUAGACUCUGGCCAAAAGUGGCAAAAGUGUGUACGCGCCUUUUUGGCGUCAGAAAAAAGUAAGCCAAUAUUUCGGCUAAAGUAGGUUGUAUGAACCGCUAAAAUAUAAUUCUUAUUGUUGUUGUUGUUAUUAUUUUAUGUUUUAAUAUUAAAGUUAUUGACGAGGAUCCUGGGACGUUGACAAUCACCAACCAAUCAUUCAAACAGAUAAAGCAUUUUUUUAUUAUUUAUAAAUACUGUACAUACACUAUCUGUUUGAAAAACUGUGGCCUUAACUUUCGCAAUGAAUUGGUUGCCUCGUUACAUCACAGUUGAUGGAUGGCACGUUAAUAAUAAUAGCAGUCCUUAAAGAGAACCAAGUGCAACGCCCCCAGGGUAUGAGGACAUCUACAUGGCACUGCCUUCAAUGCAGCAGAUUGCUUGAGUGAACUCUCCAUCUCAAACGGAAGCAAUGUUCUAGACUCCACCAGGAUGUGAAUCGAAAGGCUUGCGCUUCUGUCAGGGUGAAAGACAACGCCAGGUGCCCUGUGUGCUUCAGCAGCACAAUGAGCACAGUGAGUCCGUGCGCUUCACAGCUCCAGAUAAGAGAUCACUAGUGAUACUCACAGCCUCGGCACAGCACUCACAUGACUGCUGCCGCUCUGGGUGUCAAAAAUUCGCUUCAGCAUUAAAACUGGAGCUCCUGUGAGCACUGAAGAUCCACAUUACAUGUCCCAGUGAUGUAUGGAAUUAUUGCAUAACUUUCCAAAGGAUCUCUACAGAGGCACAUGCAAGGAACUGCAGUAGCACUACAAUAGCACUGGUUAGACACUUGGUGAUUUCAGCAGUUUCAUUGUGAAGGGAAUCCGUACGCUUUACUUAAGUUAUAUUUCUAUGUGUUUUUAUGCUUGUAUGUAUCUAUGUAUACCAUAUACUGUACAGCCUUUAUUAUUCAGCUGGACUGGUAAACUUUAAUAUUGAGAUGUGUUCAUUAUUGUAUAUAUUUGUUUCACAAAAUUCUGUAUAUUAAUCCUAAAAUACUUUCCUUUUGAAUUGUAUGGGAAUAUUAUUUUGUACAAUGUAAUACUAUUUUGCAAAUAAAAAGAUUAUUAGAAAAAUAUAUUAAAAAAAA